UAGUGAUCAGCCCUCCCUUUUCGAAUUACCAGAAGCGGCCUUACCAUCGGCCUCUGGAGUCUCUAGAGUCGCCUCGGUGAAAAUUCUAGAGAAAACAGAUCGUCUUCAUCGACGCGAUGGCGACAACCGGACCGGAGAAGUUCAUUUUCGAGUCUACCUUCUUCCCCGAUGUCAGCGAAGACGACAGAGUUCUGUCUGAUUCGUUCUUGAGCGCAAGCCAUGUAAUUGUUGACUUUCUUGGAAUGCUCGGUCGAAUUUUCACGCCGAUAAAAGCCGAUGUCAACGGUCAUAUUGAACGAGUGAGGAAAUUCGUUCUCACGGACCCCAAGAAGUUCAGAUACCUCGAUUCAAUCGUCGAUCCUCAAGUAGAGCUGGAUAAUAAAGAGAAGAAGAAACGCGUUGAAGCGGCGAUAUCCUUGACGUGGCUGAAAAGAAUCAUGGAUUUCAUCCAUCACUUCCUCAGCAAGUUCGUCUUAGAGGAAAACAUGACCUGCGAGGAUCUGAAACCACUCUUCCGGGAAGCCUACGAGCUCAAAUUGAAGAAGCACCACAACGUAAUCGCUCAAAAGCUGUUCCAGGUUUGCGUCCACGCGGCUCCCACUCGAGCGUCGAUGAUCAAUGUGCUCACAGGGAAGGGUGAUCGCUCGGAGCAGCAGGUGUACAAUAUUAUGAAAAUAUUUUUGGUCAACAUGGGAGCCAGCGUCGGGGCUUUGAUUCGUAAUUUCGAAUCUUUCAGUGUACAGCAAUAGAGAUCCGACAUCAAAACUAAAUACUUUAGCUCGAGGGAGUGCAGCGAGCGCUGAUCAAUGCCAAACCAGAUUACAGCACCGCCUGUUAUUUUACACUAUAACUCGGAGAUCGGGAGCUCAGGGAAUGAGACGAAGAGAUUCUAGGUAUGUAUAUAUCUUUAUCAGACAUCGCCUACUUCUAGUCGCGAAGCAUUUUGAGACCGUUUUAGAGCCUAUUUGCUGUAUAAAAUCGGAAGAAUAUGGUUUC